UUCUCUGUUCAGUUAGUUAGACAUUGUUGUUUGACGGUUCGUUCGAGUUGGGUUGUUAUACAUACAUCCGAGGUUCCGAGCUCCAUUUUCGUUUUCAGACUAUUUUCAUGUCUUCCUCUUUCCUGUAAACAACGAGAAGGGAGUAAGGGGACUCUCUUCUGAAAAAGUCGGCUUUGACAUUUGACAUUUUGGGGCGGUUUUGAUGACGAUUGGGUGUUUCUGCUGUCCUGCCCGUGAAACAAGUGAUCAAGCAGGGGAUCGAUGCUCUCAUCUGUUCCCAUGUCUCUCUGAUCCUGCUCGGCGAUCUUCAUGGGGUCUCAAAGUGGCUUUGGUGAUGCUUCAUAUUGUAUAUGUUGGUGUUAUCUUUCUAUUUGAUAGAGAUUUGAUAGAGAAAACAAAAAAAGAACCAUGGUACACUGCAUUGUUCCUGUCUCUCUUUGUUGCGACACUGGCUCAGUACUUCUUCACAUCUGGUUCUUCUCCUGGUUAUGUCAUUGAUGCAAUGAAGGCUGCUAAUGAGACACAUGCUAUAUUCGGGAAGACAUCGAUGGCUUCAAAACAAUCUGCUUCAAGAACAAAUGGAAGCUUGAGAAUCCAUGUGGAAGGAGACCAGCUUGGAAAAAGCAUUUCAAGAUCUAAUAGCACAUCAUGGACGAAGCUUGUGAUGGAUUUUUAUCCUCCUGGAUCAUCCAUUAGAAGUUGGACGUGCACUUAUUGUAAUAUUGUGCAGGUGGUACAUUUUAGAAGAAACAACAUUGUGCAUGUGGACUGGCAUCUUGUAUAUUAGUUAUUUGAAGGCCAAUUUUUCAAGGGCCUGGUGGAAAGAUGGAAUUGUCAUAUUGCUUUUGGCAACUUUGUCCAUCUGCUUAGUCUUUCUGCUCUUGCUUUUGCUAUUCCAUAGUUAUAUUGUUCUGACAAAUCAGACUACCUAUGAACUUGUGAGGAGACGGCGAAUACCAUAUUUAAGAGGGAUUCCAGAAAGGGUGUAUCCUUUCAGUAAAGGCAUGUGCAGAAACCUGUACAACUUCUGUUGUGCUCCAAGGAGCCUAUAUACCAUUGAACCAUUGCCCACAUCACAAGAGCUAGAAGAGAAAUCAAGACCAUACACAUGCUUGGAUGUUUUGAAGUGUCGCUGUUGCUGAUCUUUGGGCUUUGGAUGGCUAUUUGUAAUUGUUUCAACUCAUUUCUCUCUCUUCUGCAAGCUUGAACGAUUCAUGAUUUGCGUGGUGGCUGUGGUGUAUGAUUUCUCACAUGGUUUUCUUCACCCUUAGGCACACGUGUCUCCUUAAAAUGUGCUUUUGGAUGGGUUUCAAGUACUAGAUUUAGUAAUUAACAAGUAUGCUGAAUGAUGAUGGUGGUCUCAGUGCAGUAGUAGCAUUUCGCCGGGUCCAACUAGUUUUCAUGGAAGAUAUGAGGAUUUGUUUGAUGAGUAGAAUUUACAGAUCUCAGAUUGUUUUGUACAUGGGACAUACUGAACAAGUGGAAUUCAGGACCUGCUGUUUGAUGGGUUCCAGAAUAGAUCAGAAUGGCUUGGAAUUAACACAACCAGAGAAUUACAGAUCAAUUAUAUUGUGCAAGCAGAUUGAACUAAUUAUUUUUGUUAUAUUUGCAUAAUUUGAAAUUUAUGUAUUUAAGCUGAUUGAGUUACCUUUCCAAGUAGCUCAUUUCGUGACA